AUGAGGAAGGGAACACUGCAUCCUCACAUCCAGGAGAUGAACGUCUGGAUGCCCCGCGGCGCGGUGUCACCAAUUCCGUGUGCCGCAGCGAGGGGCGGGCAGGGGUCGCCCCCACUCUCCAGCCAUCGGUACCCCGACGUUACGGUGAUGGGAGUCCCCGGCAUCCUGGCUUUGUUUUCCUCUCAGAGGAAGAAUCCAGUUCUUGUGAACGUGCUGAUAGUUGCUUCCAUAAUCUCCUGUAUUGCCAUCCUCGUUGUAAUAGUUUAUAGCUCAUUCACACUGAACUACGGUGAAGAGGAGGAGCUGAGUUCUGCCCCAGUCCAUGUUAUCCAUACAAAGUUCAUACUUAACAAAGUCGUCAAGGGUGCUAACGUAGCCAUGCUGGCUGCAUCUAUCUGCAGUGCUUUUGCUGUGCUGGCAAUGGCUUACUUGGGAUGCCGGAGUCUUCCUCGCUGCUCAUGCUACGACAGCGUAACUGGGAUGGAAUGGUUGCAACCAAGUGAGGACCAAAAUCAGGCUGUGGAGAUGGUUUGCGCUGUACAAAGUCCUGGGGGCAGAAUUUUUAACUUCCCAGAUCGGUUUCCAGCCCAGGACUUAGAUGCAGAGGAAGAUGCAUCCAAACCUCCACCAUAUGUCAGAAUGGCUUGA